AUAUUUAUUUUUACCUUUUAUAAUUAUUAUUCUGUUCUACAAAAUCGCAUUUUUGUGUCACUGGUUUUUUCCAUUUCCAUUGAAGAAGAAACAACACUCGGUGCCGCCGUCACCACCACCACCACCACCGUUCUAUGCGCCACCGUCACCACCACCACCACCACCACCACCCACCACCAUCGUCGUUAUCACAAUCACCUUCAUAUUCUCCACAAAACAAUACCUAGGGUUUCCAAAAACCCAUCUUUAUCGAAUGAUUGAUCACUAAGGGUUUCCGAUUUGAAUGGCAUUGGGAGAUUUAAUGGCAUCACGUUUUUCCCAAUCAACUGUUCUCAUAGUUCCGAAUCACCAUGACGAUUCCACCGCUACUGCUUUUUCUUCAUCUGCUUCCGCCGCCGCCUUAAACGAUGAAAGCGAUUUCACUUCCGUUCCUCAUCGCCGUGAUUCUGAAUUCACCGCUGCAAGUAGUAGUAGCACCUCCGGUUAUGCUAAUGCCGCCACUACUAUGGCUUAUUUACCUCAGACGAGUUUCUUCAAUGAGCUUCGUCAUGAUGCAUUUGAGCUUGAACUUCCUUCAGGUCCUUCCGAUAGUGGUUUGGUAUCGAAAUGGAGACCGAAGGAUAAGAUGAAGACAGGAUGUGUAGCCCUAGUAUUAUGUUUAAACAUUAGUGUUGAUCCACCAGAUGUAAUAAAGAUAUCCCCUUGUGCCAGAAUGGAGUGCUGGAUAGAUCCUCUUUCAAUGGCACCACAAAAGGCAUUAGAUUUGAUCGGGAAAUCUUUGACCAGUCAGUAUGAAAGAUGGCAACCAAAGGCACGUUAUAAGUGUCAACUUGAUCCAACAUUGGAAGAGGUAAAAAAGCUUUGUACUACAUGUCGUAGAUAUGCAAAGUCGGAAAGAGUUUUGUUCCAUUACAAUGGGCAUGGUGUACCAAAGCCAACUCCUAAUGGUGAACUCUGGGUCUUCAAUAAGAGCUAUACCCAGUAUAUCCCUUUACCACUCAAUGAUCUGGAUUCCUGGCUGAAGACCCCAUCAAUUUAUGUUUUUGAUUGCUCUGGGGCUGGUAAAGUUGUGAAUUCCUUCAUUGAGCUUCAUGAAUGGAGUGCUUCUAACUCAAACGGGUCUCCAAGGGAUUGCAUUAUGCUUGCAGCAUGUGAAGCGCAUGAGACUUUGCCCCAGAGUGUAGAAUUCCCAGCUGAUGUAUUUACAGCUUGUCUUACAACACCUAUAAAGAUGGCAUUGCGAUGGUUUUGUACUCGAUCAUUACUUCGCGACUCGUUUGAUUAUUCACUUAUAGACAAGAUCCCUGGCCGUCCAAAUGACCGAAAGACACUUCUGGGUGAAUUGAAUUGGAUCUUUACAGCAGUAACUGAUACGAUUGCAUGGAAUGUUCUUCCUCAUGAUCUUUUUCAGAGACUGUUCAGACAGGAUUUGCUUGUUGCAAGUUUGUUUCGAAAUUUUCUACUUGCUGAGCGAAUUAUGCGAUCUGCAAAUUGUACUCCUGUCUCCCACCCAACACUACCACCAACCCAUCAACAUCAUAUGUGGGAUGCAUGGGACAUGGCUGCCGAGCUCUGCCUUUCUCAACUUCCUUCAUUAGUUGAGGAUCCUAAUGCAGAAUUUCAGCCUAGUACAUUUUUCACAGAGCAGUUAACAGCAUUCGAGGUUUGGCUUGACCAUGGUUCUGAGCAUAAGAAACCACCCGAACAGUUGCCUAUAGUUCUUCAGGUUUUACUUAGUCAAUGCCACCGAUUUCGCGCCUUAGUACUCCUAGGACGAUUCCUUGAUAUGGGCCCAUGGGCUGUGGAUCUGGCAUUAUCUGUUGGAAUCUUCCCUUAUGUUCUGAAGUUGUUGCAAACAACCACCCCUGAACUACGUCAGAUUCUUGUAUUCAUAUGGACAAAGAUUCUUGCACUUGACAAGUCAUGUCAGGUUGAUCUAGUGAAGGACGGAGGUCAUAUCUAUUUUAUGAAGUUUCUUGAUAGCUUGGAAGCAUACCCAGAGCAACGUGCAAUGGCUGCUUUUGUUUUGGCUGUGAUUGUGGAUGGUCAUAGAAGAGGCCAAGAAGCUUGUAUUGAAGAUGGUUUGAGCCAUGUCUGCUUAAAGCACCUGGAGAGUUCAUCUCCUAAUGAUUCACAAACUGAGCCCCUUUUCCUUCAAUGGCUUUGCCUGUGUUUGGGGAAAUUGUGGGAAGAGUUCCCAGAGGGGAAAAUAAUCGGUUUGCAGGGACAUGCAACUUCUAUACUCGCUCCUUUACUAUCUGAACCCCAGCCAGAGGUUAGGGCAUCUGCUGUUUUUGCACUGGGUACCCUUGUCGACGUGGGAUUUGAUUCAUGUAGAAGUGUUGGAGAUGAAGAAUGUGAUGAUGAUGACAAGUUUAGGUCCGAAGUUAGUAUAGUUAGGAGUCUGUUGAGUGUUGCUUCAGAUGGGAGUCCAUUGGUGAGGGCAGAGGUAGCAGUUGCUCUAGCACGCUUUGCUUUUGGCCACAACAAGCACCUGAAAUCUAUUGCUGCUGCAUAUUGGAAGCCUCAGACUAAUUCUUUGAUAAAUUCCUUGCCGUCACUGGCUAAUAUUAAAGAUACGGAUGGUGGAUAUCCUAAACAGAGCCAACAUGUGGCUCAUGGUGGUAUUGUUUCACCUCAAAUCGGUCCUCUAAGGGUUGGGAGUGAUAAUUCUAAAGUAAUUCGUGAUGGAAGGGUCUCUUCAAGCAGUCCUCUUGCUAGUUCUGGAAUCAUGCAUGGGUCCCCAUUGUCUGACAAUUCGUCUCAUCAUUCUGAUUCAGGAAUAUUGAAUGACGGUUUCAGCAAUGGAGCGGUUAACAACUUUGGGCCGAAGCCUUUGGACAAUGCGUUGUAUUCACAAUGUGUACUUGCUAUGUGUACUUUGGCAAAAGAUCCAUCUCCUCGAGUUGGGAACCUGGGUCGUCGGGUACUGUCCAUAAUAGGUAUUGAACAAGUGGUAGCAAAACCAUCGAAGCCUUCUAGUGUCCGGACUAGUGAAGCUAUUGUUUCUCCUAGUCUUGCUCGCUCAUCUUCUUGGUUUGAUAUGAAUGGCGGACACUUGCCUCUAACCUUCAGAACUCCUCCAGUUAGUCCUCCUCGCCCAAGUUAUAUUACUGGAAUGCGUAGAGUAUGUUCAUUGGAGUUUAGGCCUCACCUGAUGACUUCUCCAGACACUGGACUAGCUGACCCACUUUUAGGAUCUGGUGGAGCUUCUGGGACUUCAGAUCGCAGUUUUCUUCCUCAAUCAAUUAUAUAUAAUUGGAGCUGUGGGCACUUCUCCAAAUCACUUUUAACUGCUCCAGAUGAUAGCGAAGAAAUUUUAGCUAGAAGAGAAGAGAGAGAGAAAAUUGCAUUGGAGCACAUUGUGAAAUGCCAGCACUCUGCUGUUACUAGGUUAACAAAUCCAAUUGCUAAAUGGGACAUAAAGGGUACACAAACAGUGUUGCUACAACCUUUCUCUCCUAUAGUGGUAGCUGCUGACGAGAAUGAACGUAUCAGGAUAUGGAACCACGAGGAAGCAACACUACUUAAUAGUUUUGAUAAUCACGAUUUUGCUGACAAAGGAAUUUCUAAGCUCUGCCUGGUGAAUGAGCUUGAUGAUAGCUUGCUUCUUGCUGCUUCAUCUGACGGAAACAUCCGGGUUUGGAAAGACUAUUCCCUAAGAGGGAAACAGAAGCUUGCCACUGCUUUCUCUUCAAUUCAUGGUCAUAAACCUGGUGUAAGAAGUCGGAAUGCAGUUGUUGAUUGGCAACAGCAAAGUGGUUAUCUGUAUUCAUCGGGGGAGAUGUCAUCAAUAAUGCAGUGGGAUCUUGAUAAAGAGCAGCUUGUUAAUACUAUACCUUCAUUAUCAGAGUGCAGUGUCUCAGCCUUGGCUGCUUCUCAAGUUCACGGGGGUCAGUUUGCAGCUGGUUUUAUGGAUGGUUCUGUAAGACUUUAUGAUACCAGAACACCUGAAAAGCUCGUAUGUGGAUUACGGCCACACAUACAGAGAGUAGAAAAAGUUAUGGGGAUUGGAUUUCAACCUGGGUUAGACCCUGGAAAGUUGGUUAGUGCUUCUCAGGCCGGGGAUAUUCAAUUUCUUGAUAUAAGAAAUCAUAGCAGCGCCUAUCUCACUAUUGAAGCUCACCGGGGCUCACUCACAGCUUUAGCAGUACAUAGACAUGCUCCAAUUAUUGCCAGUGGUUCUGCCAAACAACUCAUUAAGGUUUUCAGCCUUGAGGGUGAUCAACUGGGCACCAUUCGUUACUAUCCUACUCUAAUGGCCCAGAAAAUUGGUUCCGUGAGCUGCCUCAAUUUCCACCCAUACCAAUUACUACUUGCUGCUGGUGCGGCAGAUGCAUGUGUCUGCAUCUAUGCCGAUGACAACACUCAAGCAAAAUGAAUCCACAAUUUUUCCCUUGAAGAUUUCAUUGGUUGUCUCCAGCUGAGAAGAGUCCAUCAGAUAUCUCUCAGGAGUGCAUCACAGUUGUAUAAUCCUGUGAUGAUGCUUUAGUUCCUCUCUGCUGUGAAUACAUCUGAAAAUAUUUGGUAGGGAUAAAUUAUUCUGGCAGUGUAUGCAAGAUAUUCAUUAGCCUCCAUGUCAGAUGGUUGCACUUGACAUGAAGAAAGAAGCAUAUCGGAGGCUCCGACAAAUAAGGUCAUGUUCGUAUAUGUGUGUAAAUAUCAUUUUAUCCAUAAUUAAUUUUUAUUCCUGUUUUGUGUGUUGUUGUCCACCCUUUCAUUAUUUGUAAAUUUUAUCUGAAAACAUAAUUUAGUUUGCUGACAGAUGUGGGUGAUUGACUCCUGUAAAUCGGGAUCUUUCAUUCAUAUGAUUGUAGUUUAUGUUGUGACUUUUUUACCUUUGCUUUGAGCAACAUGUAAUUAAAUUCAAGUUUGUUCAGUGUGCAA